CUACCAGCACUACAUUCCACUUACUACCACCAAGGAACAUGAAGACCUUAGUGCUCGUCCUGGCGAUCGUGGCCGCUGCGACCUGCAAGCCGGCAGGGGACGAUGACGUUGUCAAUUCUGUCAUCGGAGUUGUCAAAAGCUGUUCAGAAGACAACGUCGGGUUGUGCCUGAAGGAGCGUGCCCUUAAAUAUGUUGAAAACAUGAACUCAGCUAAGGAAGUGAGCAUCCUUGAUGGAGUCAGCUUGCUAGGAACCGGAUCGCCCAGGUCAGCCAGGUCCUUCGAACCCCUCUCAGAAGAACCCAGAGCCAGGGAAAACCAGGUUGAGAACAGACUCUUGGACGCUGCAGCGGAAUUUCUGGAGAACCAUGUGAUCCAGCUCCGCGUACCCAAGAGCACAGUUGAAGAUGUGAAGAGGUCUCUUGAAGAAGGCCGUGGUAAGAAGAAGAAGCUGAAGCAGCUCCUCCCAAUCCUGGCUCUGGUGCAGCUGAAGAUCCAGUCUCUCAUCCCUCUGUUCCUUGGUGUGAUCGCCUUCGCCGCUGUCAAGGGUCUGAUGCUAGCCAAGGCCGCUCUCCUGGCCUCAGCUCUGCUCCUCCUCAAGAAGUUGCUGUCCAAGGGUGAACACCACGAGAGCUACGAAGUGGUGGCUCAUCCUCACCACGAUGAACACUACAGUCAUGGAUCAAGCCACGGAGGCUGGGGCAGGUCAUCUGACGCGCAAAACCUCGCGUACAAUGCCUACUCCAAUUGAAACCUAAGAUUUAUUUAGACGUAUUAUGUCAUCACUUCUUUCUGUUUAGUCUUACGCGGACCUCAGAUCGAGAUUUAACUUAUUAUUUAAUAAUUUAUUUAAAUUAUUUAAAAGUUUGUUAUUUAAUUUAUUAACUGAACGAGUGCAUCUUGUCUAUGGUUUCCAAAGCAUCGCCGUUUCUUUAUAUAUUUUCAAUACACAGUACCUGUUUUUUAGUUAAGUCUUUAUAGUACGAUAGUGACGUCAUUGUGACGUAGGUUGUUAAUAGCUUUAAUUAUUUUAUUAUUUAUGUUUACU